ACGAUUUUGAUGUUUUUCCAUUUAAAGCGCUUAGAAUCUUUUAACAUUGUUCCCGAGACAUUCAUAAACACAUCUAACUGUACUACAAAGGAAGAUAAUAAUUACGAUAUUUUUUAUUAUCUUAUGAGCACCACCUAUUUUGAUGUUUACAUUUGCUAUUUCAGUUAGUUUUCAAAGCUUGGCUUAAUAGUUUUACCAGAUGGGAAACAAACUGAAUCUCUACAAUACAUUUCUCAAUAAUGAAUUAAUUUGGUAAAUCAGUCGAUAUGGCUUUGGUUAAUAAUCAUUUUUAUUGUGAUAAGAACAGUGCUGCGCAGGUUUAUGAGUGUUGUUGGUUUGACAUGGGUCAAAGUGCGUUUCGGGAUACACACAUUGAAUGUACCUUACAAGUAUUUUUCAGCUGAUGCACAUUUUGACUUCAUUUGUUAAUUCAUACUCCUGGGAAGGGAGGCUCCCAGAACGCCGAGUCAGAGCAGCCUAGCACGGACCUCAACCACGAUCAAACACCAGAUCAUACAUCAGAGGGCUUCAUCUGUCCUCAGUGCAUGAAGUCUCUCAACUCUGCAGAGGAGCUUUGUAAACACUAUGAGUUGUUCCACGACACCGGAGACCUCCCUGCUCAUGUGGCCCCCACUCGUGAAGACCUCACUAUGCUGCGGCAAGAGGUGCAGGACCUGCAUGCUUCUCUCAAGGAGGAGCGGUGGUUCUCUGGAGAACUAAAGAAGGAACUAGACAAAGUGCAAGGACAUUUGCAGCAGAAUGAUGGACCGGUGAGCUCGGAUGAUUCAGUUCUUGAAAGGAAGCUGGUUGAAUCUGAGACGGAGAAGUUCAACAUUAAACAGAUGAAAGACCUGUUUGAGCAGAAGGCUGCCCAGCUGGCUACAGAGAUAGUAGACCUGAAGUCUCGAUACGAUGAGGAGAAAAGCCUGAGGGAAGCUGCUGAUCAGAGGCUUGCUAAGUUGAGCGAACAUCUGCAAAAAGGGAAGCAGGAGAACGAGAGACUCCAAACAGAACUGCUUCAGCGGCCGGGAGUGGAGGAUGUGGAGGUUCUGCAGAAGGAGCUGGUUCAGGUGCAAACUCUGAUGGACCAUACGACUCGUGAGAAGGAGGAGGAGUCCAAACGCCUCAGAAACCAUUGUGCUGAGCUACAGGCUAACUACGCUACCUCAGAGAAGACAAUCUCCCAACUCAAAGCAGAGCUGGAAAAAGGUCCACAGGAAGUGGCCGUCUACACACAACAGAUCCACCAGCUGCAGAGCAAUCUGAAUAACCUGCAGCAACAAUGUCAGAGUCUGUGUGAAAAGCUCGUGUGUAAAGAGAAGGAAUAUCAAGAUCUGCAGGAGCGUCUGGGAGCUGAGAAAGCUGCAAAGAAGGGAGUCCAAGAUAGCCUGAGGGAGAGGGAGUCUGAGGUUCAGGAGCUCCAGGCCCGGGCCACGGGGACAGAAACCUCUCUUCAGAAGGCCCAGACUGAGCUCACAGAGAGGACUGAGGAGGUGGCCAAGCUGAAGAAUGAGAUCAGUGAGCUGGAGGUGAAGAACGCUGAGCUGAAGGUGGAGAGGAAACAACUGGAACAGCAGAGGGAAGAAAAGGAAAGCCAAGGUGCUCAGCAGCAGACGGAGAUCGGUCAGCUGCACACCAAACUCCUGGAAGCAGAGAGGCAGGUGGGCGAGCUGCAGGGUCGUCUGAAGGAGCAGAGGCAGCUGUCAGGAGAGAAACUGAAGGAUCGAGAGCAGCAAGCAGCAGACCUGCAGCUCAGACUUUCCCGUGCUGAAGAACAACUGAAGGAGAGCUCCAGUAAGAACACAGACCUGCAGCACCAGCUGGAGAAAGCCAAGCAGCAGCACCAGGAGCUGCAGGCACUGCAGCAAAACACCAACGGGAAACUCCGGGAGGCACAGAACGACCUGGAGCAGGUGUUGCGUCAGAUCGGCGAUAAAGACCAGAAGAUCCAGAACCUGGAAGCUCUGCUUCAGAAGAGUAAGGAUAUUGUGAGUCAGCUGGAAGUUGAGAGAGAGGACUUAUGUGCCAAAAUCCAGGCUGGGGAGGGAGAAUCGGCUGUCCUUAACCAGCUCAAAGAGAAGAACCAUGCACUGCAGGAACAGGUGACACAGUUGACUGACAAGCUGAAGAACCAAUCAGAAAGCAACAAACAAGCCCAGGACAACCUCCACAAGCAGGUCCAGGAGCAGAAGACUCUGCUGCGUUCAGCUCAGGACCGAGCUCAGACCCUGGAGACGUCGGUCACUGAGCUCACCGCCCAGCUCACAGACACCAAGGAGAAGGCUUCCCAGCUGGACGCACAGUUGAAGGCCAAAACCGAGUUGCUGCUGUCUGCAGAAGCAGCCAAGGCUGCUCAGAAGGCCAACCUGGAGAACACCCUGGAGGCUGCUCAGCACGCGCUGCAGGACAAACAGCAGGAACUGAAUAAAGUCCAGAAGAAGGUUGAAGAGAAAGUCCAACGGCUCAAAGAGCGACAGGAACAGUGCACGCUGUUGGAAACCAACCUGAAGGAAUGUAAAGACAAACUGCUGGCCUCAGAUCAGCGAGUUGAGCAGCUGGAGGGGCUCAGUAAGAAACUGGAGUCCCAGGUAGCGGAGGUUCAAAGCACACGGGAUCAGGUUCAGCAGGAGGUUCAGAACCUCCAGAAGGAAAACUGGGACGUCAAACGGAAAGCCAAGGAGCUGCAGCGCUCCCUGGAAACUGAGAAGGAAGGAGCUAAGAGUCUACAAGAGGAAUUAAAGAAAACGGCUGCUGGUUUGAGCGACGUUCAGCAGCAGCUGGAGCGCCGUGAGCAGGAGAUGGCUGCUCUGAAGGUGAAUCUGGACAAGGUGACCCAGGAAGGAGCGACUCGGAAGGCAGACCUGGACAGGAAAACUCAGAGCCUGAUGACGGAGCUGCAAAAAGCUCAACAGGAGAAGGAAGCUCGGGGGAAGGAGCUCGCUGCUGCACAGGAGAGAUUAGAACAGGCAAAUAAAGCCCUGAAGGAGAGUCGGACUCAGCUGGAGAACCACAAGGCAGUGACGGAGGAGAAGGAAAAGUCCAGUGAGAAGACUAAACAAGAGCUUUUAAAAAGUAAGGAGUCCAUCACUAAAGACUUGAAGGUAUCUCAGGAGCAGCUGGAGCAGAUGAGAGAGGCAGAGAAGAAGUUGAAAGUGCAGCUGGCGUCUCUGGACCAGCAGCUUUCAAAGACCCGAGAGACGCUGAAGGAAAAAGAGACAGAGUUGGAGAAAACGAGUGUCCAGCUCAGGACGGUUCAGGGGUCCCUAGAAGAGGAGGCUAAGAAGCUUAGGGGCCGAGUGACGGAGCUACAGGAAGUCAGUGUGAAGAAAGCAGAAGAGGAGAGCAAACUGAAGGCUCUGGUGUUGGAGCUAAGCCAGGAGGUGGAAUCCGGGAAGAGCCGGACAGCCGAGCUGCAGAAGACAUUAGAGCAAAAUCAGGAAACUUUUACCAAACUUCAGUCUGACUUCUACGGCAAAGAGUCUGAGGUUUCAGCUCUGCGUCAAGACCUCAAGACUUCAGAGGACAAACUGAAUCUGGCCCAGGAGGAGCUGGUUGCUAAUCGGACCCAUCAGACUGCUUUGGAGGCUCAGAUCCAGGAGCUGAAAGUGGGCCGCAGCUCGUUGGAACAAGAGGUCUCCAAACGAGGUCAGAAGCUGCAACAGCAGGAGCAAACUGUGAAAGAGCUGCAGAAGCAAGAGAGUCAGGUUAAGGAGGAACUGAGGAAGGAGAGGAGCAAAGUGGAGGAGCUGAACAAAGCCAAGAGUGUGCUGGAAAAAAAUAAUACGAAACUAGCUUCAGAGUUUAAAACGCUUGCAGAGAAGAGCGAGAAGGAGCUGGGCGAGCUGCAGGAAGCCAAACAGCUGCUGAUCCAGCAGAAACUGGAGCUGCAGGGUCAGGUGGAGUCGGCACAGGGAGCCCUCAAGCAGGAGCAGAAGGAGCACCAGACCACCAGGGACAGCAGGAGCAAGAGGGAGGAGCAGCUCCACGCCAAAACAAAGGAAGUCCAGGAUCAGCUGUUGGCAGAGAAGCGAAGCAGAGAAGAGCUGGUGAAGCAGAGCGAAGAGGCCGAAGCUAAGCUGAGCGUUCAGGUGACGGCUCUGAAUGAAAACAUGGCCACGAUGAAGAGGGAAUGGCAGAGCAGCCAGAGGAGGGUGGGCGAACUGGAGAAGCAGACGGAUGAGCUGAGAGGAGAAAUCGCUGUGCUGGAGGCGACGGUCCAGAACAACCAGGACGAGCGACGGGCUCUCCUGGAGAGGUGUGUAAAAGGUGAAGGUGAGAUCGAGAAGCUGCAGGCCAAAGUGGUGGAUCUCAGGAGGAAGCUGGACGACACGACGGCAGCCAUGCAGGAGCUGGGCAGGGAGAACCAGUCGCUCCAGAUCAAACAGUGUCAGAGUCUGACCAGGAAGUGGGCCGAGGACCACGAGGUGCAGAACUGCAUGGCCUGUGGGAAAGGCUUCACCGUCACGGUCAGGAAGCACCACUGUCGACACUGCGGUAACAUUUUCUGCGCCGAGUGCUCAUCGAGGAACGCCUUGACGCCAUCGUCCAAGAAGCCAGUACGGGUGUGUGAGACAUGUUUCGAGGAGCUCCAAGGCUGAUUUUAUAAAAAUAGAGAAAAAAAAUUCACUCAUCUCAUCACCUUAACUCCCUCUCCUUUAACUCCUAUUCCAAUAAGCAGAAAAGGGCAUGUUAAUGUGCACUAGAAGGAGAAACCAAGUGGUCCCCCCUGGGCUCUGGUGUUUAUCGCUGAGGGGAUUCCUGACAUGGGAGCAGUUGGGAUUGUCUGUUUCUGUUUUUGUGCCUUUUGCUACUCCUGUGGACUGCCAGAGAGCGAACACUGAGAUAACCAAUCAUCUCUUUGCAUCCGUCAUUAGCAGAUGGUAUUAUAUGUUUGCACAAGUUCAUAACAGAACUUGUGCCCUGCAAAGGUGAAAGCAAGUAACUUUAUUAAAAUUUGUACAAAGCGCUUUGUUUGUUAAUCCGAAACUAGAAGUGAAAUCUGUUUUUUUGCGCACACCUUUUGAGAUCAACGCCAAAUUCUAUGUAAAUGUUGUGACUCUGACUUGCUAAAGUAUAUUUGUUCGAAUGGAAGGUGUUUAAUUAUCAUGAAAUGUUCGGUCUGAUUUUUAUGUAAAACAAGGAGGUUAUUUUUUAUGUUUUAAGUUUAGAGAAGUGGAGAAUUUAAAACGAACACAAGAACAGCCCUAAAGAAAACCAUCCAUCAUCCCAUUCACCAGCUGUUUUCUGUACAAGCUAAACGAGUUACUGCCUUGUUCCCUUUGUGUGGCAGACGGUUUUUCUUUUGUCUGUUUCUUUUUUUUGUGUGUGUGCAGAAAUUCAUUUAUUCGGUCUGUUUCAUGACCAAAGAAUGUAUGCAGCUCAACUCCCGCUGAGGUGAAAGUUCAGAGUUUGUCACAUUUCAGUAUUUAAAUUUUGCCUGAACGUUUAAGCGUUUUAGUCACAGGUUGGGAUGUUUUUAUCUCCAGAAACGACACGUGUGGUGAUCAGUUUUUAUGUGUGAAGGCGUUCUUUUUCUGUGUUUUCUACAAAUCGUGGUGCUUUUUAGCCAUUGAAGGGGUCUGCAUGUUGAGUUUACAGUCUACCUGUUGAAGCUGUGUGUGUGUGUGUGCAUGUGUGUGUGAACGUUAGCUCAGAGGACUUUGUUGCUGCUUUCAGGUACUGCGGUUACUUUCAGAGUUUUUGUCCAGAUGUAAACACUGUAAGAGUAGUUUCCUGCUUUGUUUAAUUUAUAUGUGUGGACAGAAAAUGAGACGAACUCUUGUGCAAUAGUCUGCAGACUGGAGCGGGUGGGAACACUGUAAGCCAGACUAUGCACACUGUUCUGCAGCUUGUUUCAGAUGUCAUGCAUUUAGCGCUUUGUGUUCGUUCCCUCAUCACUGAAGAAUGUCCAUUUCACUUUUAAUUUCUCAAAAAAAAAAAAAAAGACACACCCGUUUGUUUUUUUAGCUGAAUUGGUUCCUUCUACCUCAGGUUGGCAGAGAAAAAGCACUACUUUAAAAUUUUAGACGUCACAAAUGUACAUUACUGUUCAAAGCUCUCCAGCCGUCACUCAUUUUCUUCAUCUGUGGUUCUUCAGGGUUUUUUUUUUGGACUUAGAGUUAAAAGCACCAGCCCUACUUGACCUUCCUCCAAACAUCUCUAUCCUACAGAGACACUGCUGAUGUCCUGAUGCUGCAGCUGGAUCAGCUUUAUUAUGCUGGCACACACACGUCCAAACUUGACAAAUGGGGUCUUUACAUGUUUUGUUUUAGUUAAAUCUGAAAAAUACCAAAAGAUUUUGACCUAAAUGAGGAUUUUAGCUUCAUUAGGAUCCGUUAAAUGAUAAUGAAGCUUGAGAAAACCUGAAGAAAUAUUGAUCCCAAAUAAAAAGUGACCGGAGACUUUUGCACGGGGCUGUACCCUUGCCUCUAUCAGAUUUAGGCUUUCUGACUGAUCUCUGAAUUGUAGAUAAAUGAUUUGCACCUUAUCUUCUUCUGGUCUCGUCUGUGUGCAAGACGCCAACUUUUUACUCGCUUCAGCAUUUCCAGCUCUUUAAUACUAAACGCCGUCAGAUCUAUCUUUGUAAAUGUUUGUAACGGGAGAGAUAAAUUGCAUAUUUGUGGCCGUAGAAACGUGUCAACAGUGUAACUGUGUUUGGAUUUAUCAGUGUCUUAACUCAUUUUUACAAAAUGAUUACGCAUACGUGCAAAUGCUCAGCUUGAUUUGUGUUGCUGUCAUUACAUCACACAUGAUGACUUCUAACAGGCUCACGUGCUUUCUCCGUGUUCGGCCAUCACAUUGGGGGAAGGUGUGCCUUAGGCCGGGAUCCUGCACGCCGCUGUGAGCGGAGACCGGGCGUCACCGGUUUGUGAGACUUCAGUUGACCUGAAGGGGGAGGGAACUAAUGUCAUUAAUGCACCACUUGAUUUUCUUAUUGUCAUGAAGAAUUUAAAUAAAAACCUGCAGUAUGUUUCUA